AUGGUCAGUGGACACGUGACAUUUGAAACGAGUGGUUCUGCAAGGAGGAUGUGCAAAUUUAUUUUAAAAAAGGCUACUUUAUCACAGAAAUUGAUGAUUCUUGGGAUCGUGAUCGGAGUCACAUGUUUAGCCGUGGUAUGGUGUGCUAAACAAUAUGGAUCAGAACCACCUAAAUCUCCUCCUCCUCAUCCAGGGAACGCUUCUGUGUGCACCACCCCUAAUGGGAAGCCUGGAAGAUGUAUAGACAUUCACUCGUGUCCACAAAUCUCAAAUCUGUUCAGACCACCUAUGUCUGAACGAAAUAUGGAAUUCGCGAAGAAUUCUGCAUGUAAAGGCCCCCACAAAUACAACGUUUGCUGUAGAUCAUCCCCCGUUAGUCCAGAUGAUGAUAUUAUUGACUCCAGAACACGUGAUGAGAACAAAGAGUGCCAACCGCAUAUGACUGCUUAUCCACCUGAUCCCAGUACUGGUUGCUGUGGUAUCUCAGCUGAUGCCAGCAAUAAAAUCGUAGGAGCAGAUGGAACGGGAAUAGAUCAAUAUCCAUGGACGGCACUGAUAGAAUAUGAGACUAAACGUGGAGGUCAGAUUUGUGGUGGAGUAUUAAUCAGCGGAAGAUAUAUCGUCACUGCUGCCCAUUGUGUUGCGGGUGCCAUACUGGACAUAGGAACACCAAAGGUUAUCCGUCUGGGAGAGUACAACAUAACCAACAAAGGUCCUGAUUGCAAAUUAGUAGAAGGAGGUGGGCAGGACUGUACUGAAGGUGUAACAAGAAUAGAAAUCGAGAAAAUUAUUCCUCAUCCACAGUACGAAUUCUUCGAUAACGUAAAAUGGAAUGAUAUUGCCUUGAUUAGGUUGAAGGAGAUGGCACCUUAUUCAGAUUUCAUCCGGCCCAUCUGUAUGCCAACUAAGGACAUCAAUUUAGCAAAAAAUAGAAACGACUUCUUUUCCAUGAUCGUUGUUGGAUGGGGUGCAACUGAAAAUAAAACGUUUAGUGACGUCAAACUUCAAGUGAAGGUACCAUAUAUGCCAUUAGAACGAUGCAAGAAUAUUUACGAAUCUAAAAAACUAAUAAAACUAUGGGAGAAGCAAAUAUGUGCUGGUGGUGAGAAAGGCGUUGAUACGUGCAAAGGUGAUUCUGGGGGACCAUUGAUGUACGAAAAUGGCGGCGAAUAUUUCGAACUUGCCGGCGUCGUUAGCUUUGGAAACCUAAAAUGUGGAAUAGAAGGCGUACCAGGAAUAUACAGUAACAUCUACCAAUAUAAAGAUUGGAUUCAAAGCGUAAUUGUUCCUUAA